UCCAUCUUCUUUACCCAACCUGCCCAAAAUGCAGAUCUUCGUAAAAACCUUAACCGGCAAAACAAUAACCUUAGAAGUCGAAUCAUCCGACACAAUCGACAAUGUGAAGGCCAAGAUUCAAGACAAAGAAGGCAUCCCACCAGACCAACAACGUUUAAUCUUUGCAGGCAAACAACUUGAAGACGGCAGGACAUUAGCCGACUACAAUAUCCAAAAAGAAUCCACUCUUCAUUUGGUCUUACGUUUACGUGGCGGUGCCAAAAAACGUAAGAAGAAGACAUACACAAAACCCAAAAAGAUUAAACAUAAACAUAGGAAAGUGAAGCUGUCUGUUUUGCAGUUUUAUAAGGUUGAUGAUUCUGGGAAAGUGCAGAGGUUGAGGAAAGAAUGUCCGAAUGGGGAAUGUGGUGCAGGGACUUUUAUGGCGAAUCAUUUUGAUAGACAUUAUUGUGGUAAGUGUGGACUUACCUACGUUUAUCAAAAGGCUUAGGUUAUGAAAGAAUGAGGUUGAGUGUUUUUGUUUUAUUUUUUUGGAUUUUGUUAUGCUGUUUGGAUAAUUUGGUGUUUUUAUGUUUGGAUGGUUAAGAAGUUUUAAUGUUUUGGAUUAUGGUUUA